AUCCUUCAUCCCGCUUCAUCCUUCAUCCACAGACACAUUCGACCAAGGCAUGCGACACAUGUCGCAAAGUCGGAGUACAAAACUCUAGGGCAUUUUGUUUGCAUUCAGAAAAUUCAAGUAGAUAUGAUUUGCGUGUAAGUUUUAUUUACAAAUUUUGAACACUAUGACUUUCUUUUCCGUUCAUUUUAGUUAAUCAAAGUAAGAAAUUACGAAACGUUACUUAUAACAUUCAGAACUCAGAAUUUUCCCUAGCGUCAAACAAGUGCCAAUACAGGAUGGCCUGAGCUUUGAAGUGGAUGGUACAGCGCGACCGCCAGUUAUCCCACAAACGGGACAUUUUUUCACACGCGCGCUGCAUCGGACUAACCAACAGGUCGACUGUAAAAGAACAAGAUGGCUGGUAAAAAGGGCGGAAAAGACAAAAAGGAGAAGAAAGAAAAGAAGGAGAAAAAACCAAAAGCGAAGGGACGAAAAGGAAAGAAGGAAAAGAAGGAAAAAGCCAAGGCGGACGCCUACAGCGCAGUGGCGAUGGAGAAUGCCUACUACAUCUGCCACAGCGUGGGUGACUUCCUGCACUACCGCGGCUUCAAGUGGGCCGGCGCCGGCAAAAAGAAGGGCAAAAAGAAGUAGACAUGAACUCGAGUGGGAUCACGGUGUAAAACUUGCAAUUUCUUUAUGCUCUUUUACUUCUUCAUUACUUCUUUAUGACAGAUAUCAGUGUUAAGCCAUACAGGGUUAUUCUUUGCGCUCCGAUAUUGUUUAUAGAAAGUUCUUCGAACAAAUAGUUUUUAGGUGUGUCUUUAUCGAACUUGCUUACUUGGCCAAAAUGUGACCUUUAUUGCAAAGAUGCGAGUGACUUUCAAUGCUAAUUUAAGUCCCUAUCAUGUUUUAUUUUUAUUUUUAUAAAGAAGUCUGUGCUAAUCUCAUGUGUAGCAUUACAUCGUUUUGUUGAAAGCUGUACGCAUAUUUGUUGUAAAUCGUCAAUAUUGCAAGGUUAUUUUCCCGUUAACAAUUUCUGUUACAUGCUAAAUGUGCCUCUCGGUGUCGUCUUAUUAAUAUGAGACGGAAACCUCCACCCCUUAAUGUGGAAUUUUGAUUGUACUGCGUGCUGCGUUUGGCUGAUACUGCGAACAUGCAUCAGCUUUUAACGCGUCUACAACCGACACAUGAGCGGUCCAAACGCGGUUGGCUGAUCGGAUGUUAUGCUGAAUUGACUUCGGCAUCCCUUACCUGGUGAUCGUUAUUGUUUUUUUUUUAUUCUUCUCCAAAUGGCCGUUUACGUUUCCCCGGAAUUUUGUUGGAUGAGGAUUGGGCCCUUUUGACGCUGCUAUGGAUUCAUGAUGAAAUAAAAAUCAAAUGUGCCGACUUAAUUAUGGGUUGCAACCAAAACGAUCAUCUCCUUUGUAACCAUGUACUGUCUAACCUAGUAUGGGUUAAGGUGUGCUGGGCAAUACAUUUCAAUUCGUUUUUAUGAGGCA